AUGGCGGCUAGUACUAAUACGACGCCGUCUAUCGUAGACACGAAUUCGUCUGAAGAAGCAACAGCGAAAGCUAUUCAGAAACGUUACGAAGGUUUAGUUACGGUUCGUAACAAAGCGAUUAAAGGAAAAGGUGCAUGGUAUUGGUCACACCUUGAACCGUUACUCGUGCACAACAACGAAACGGGACUUCCAAAAGCCGUUAAGUUACGGUGUUUUCUAUGCGACGCCGUUUUCUCCGCUUCAAAUCCUUCGCGAACAGCUUCAGAGCAUUUGAAACGCGGAACUUGCCCUAAUUUCAAUUCCGCAGCAAAACCUAUUUCGUCUGUUUCGCCGGAAACUGGCUCCGGUGCCGGUGCUAUUGUUGUCGUUUCUUCUCCGCCGUCUUCUUCUGUUCACCGUCGUAAGAGAAGCUCGUCUCCUCCUCCUCCUCCGCCGCCGGUGAUGCAGCAGUAUGGUGCGGAUCCGUUACGGGCUGUUUCGGGUCUGUUGCAGCCGCAGCAGCAGCAACAGCAUUUGAUGUUGUCUGGUGGGAAAGAUGAUUUGGGAGCUUUGGCUAUGUUGGAAGAUAGUGUGAAGAAGCUGAAGAGCCCUAAAACUUCGCCCGGUGUUGUUCUUCAUAAGACGCAAGUUGAUAGUGCUAUUGAUUAUUUAGCGGAUUGGGUUUAUGAAUCGUGUGGUUCUGUUUCUUUUUCGAGUUUGGAGCAUCCCAAGUUUCGAGCUUUUCUUACACAAGUAGGUUUACCACCUGUUUUUCCUAGAGAGUUUGUUGGGUCUAGGUUGGAUUCCAAGUUUGAGGAAGUGAAAUCUGAAUCAGAAGCGAGGAUUCGAGAUGCUAUGUUUUUUCAAAUGGCUUCGGAUGGAUGGAAGAUUAAAGAUUAUGAGAGUGAUCAGAAAUUGGUGAAUUUGACUGUGAAUCUUCCAAAUGGGACAAGUUUGUAUAGAAGAGCUGUCUUUGUGAAUGGUUCUGUUCCUUCAAACUAUGCUGAGGAUGUUUUGUGGGAGACAAUUAGUGGCAUUUGUGGGAAUCUAGUUCAGAAUUGUGUUGGGAUAGUUGCCGACAAGUUCAAAUCAAAGGCAUUGAGAAACUUGGAGAAUCAGAAUCAUUGGAUGGUUAAUCUCUCUUGUCAGUAUCAAGGUUUCAAUAGUUUGAUCAAGGAUUUUACGAAAGAGUUUCCUUUGUUUCGUACCGUGGCUGAGAAUUGUAUCAAGCUAGCGAAUUUUGUUAACUACAACUCCCGAAUUAGAAACAGUUUUCACAAGUUUCAAAUGCAGGAGUACGGUCACACUUGGUUGCUUCGAGUUUUUCCAAUGAGGGAAUUUGAGGAUUUUAACUUCGAACCUGUUUAUGUAAUGAUCGAGGAUACAUUGAGUUCGGUCCGCGCUUUGCAGUUGGUUCUCCUUGACGAAUCGUUCAAGAUGGUAUCCAUGGAAGACAGGAAUGCUAUAGAAAUCGGCGAAAUGAUUCGUGACGUCCGUUUUUGGAAUGAUUUAGAAGCUGUACAUGGUUUGGUUAAACUGGUGAAAGACAUGGCUAAGGAAAUUGAAACAGAAAAGCCAUUAGUUGGACAAUGUCUUCUCCUAUGGAAUGAGUUAAGAACAAAAGUGAAAGAUUGGUGUUCGAAAUUCAACAUUGCAGAAGGAGCAAUCGAAAAGUUAAUCGAAAGACGGUUUAGGAAAAACUAUCACCCUGCUUGGGCUGCUUCAUACAUUCUUGACCCUCUUUACCUAAUAAGAGACACAAGUGGAAAGUACCUUCCACCAUUUAAGCACUUAACACCGGAACAAGAGAAAGACGUCGAUAGACUCAUAACAAGGCUUGUUUCGAGAGACGAAGCACACAUUGUUCUAAUGGAACUCAUGAAAUGGAGAACAGAAGGGCUCGACCCGGUUUACGCGCAAGCCGUACAAAUGAAGGAACGAGAUCCUAUUACCGGGAAAAUGAGGAUUGUUAAUCCACAAAGUAGUAGACUUGUUUGGGAAACUUAUUUAACCGAAUUCAAAUCGUUAGGAAGAGUUGCUGUGAGGCUAAUAUUCCUUCAUGCAACUUGUUGUGGAUUCAAAUGUAGUUGGUCUUUGUGGAAAUGGAUUUGUUCUCAUGGACACUACAAGACUUCACUUGAUAAGGUUCAGAAGUUGAUUUUUGUUGCAGCGCAUUCUAAAUUGGAAAGAAGAGAUUUUUCAAGUGAUGAAGAUAAGGAUGCAGAGUUUUUCACCUUCGCAAAUGGUGAGGAUGAUGUGUUGAAUGAUGUUCUUGUUGAUAGUUCAUCAGUGUAA